AUGGCGACUGCUACCGAAAACGGCGCUGCUCCUGCGAUCGACGAGAAGGCGACUGCUCCCACCGGAGAAAACGAAAUCGUCACCGUCUUCCACGACCCUGAGAACUUCAAUGUCAAACACCCCUUGAUGAACGAGUGGACUCUUUGGUUCACUAAGCCUCCUAGUGGCAAGGGCGAUAACUGGAACGAUCUUCUCAAGGAGGUCGUCACAUUCAGCUCCGUCGAAGAAUUCUGGGGAAUCUACAACAACAUCACUCCGACUUCAGAACUUGGCCUCAAAGCCGACUACCACCUUUUCAAGAAGGGAAUCCGUCCGGAAUGGGAGGAUCAGCAGAACAAGCACGGUGGCAAGUGGUCAUACUCUUUCAAGGAUAAGCGCGCCGUGCCCAUCGAUGAGCUGUGGCUGCAUGCUCAGCUGGCCGCUAUUGGCGAGACACUCGAAAACGACGACGACAAGGAAGUCAUGGGCGUCGUUGUCAACGUUCGCAAGGGCUUCUAUCGUAUUGGUCUCUGGACCCGUACUGUUGGAAAGAGCCUUCCGAAUGACAAGAGCACUGAGGGUCGCUCUGUCGCCAAGGGCAAGGAAGUUCUCGAGAGCAUCGGUCGUCGUUUCAAGGAGGUCUUGCGUCUGAAGGAGGCUGACAUUGUCGAAUUUUCUGGUCACACUGACAGUGCCCACAGUGGUAGCACUCGUGCCAAGGCCAAGUACACUGUCUGA